AUGUGCGAUCCGAUAGACCACGUUAUUGUUUCAAACAUUGGUUUGAACCUCUCAAAUAACUAGUUUCUUCAAAUGCCAAAGCCUUUUUUUCAUGGUAAGGCGCACAAAAAAGCGUUUAUAAAAAUGUUUCAAAUCUCAGCUUUUGAUUGAAAUUUGAAAAAUUUUUUAAUCAACCAAAUACAUUUUUGGGCUCUUGACUUUUUGGUUUUCUCAAUGACUAAACAGAAUAAUUCGAUUUAUUGAAAAAAAUAAACUUUAUAGAAUUAUAUUGAAACAUGGAUUGAAAAAAAUAGUAUUUAUCGUUUCCAAAAAAAGUCAAUUUUUUUCAUAAAAAGAAAAAGAAGUGGUAAAAAUAAUUUAGUCUUUUUAUUUAAAGGAUGCAAAUAAAGAGUUCUAUAGGGCGCCUUUACUCAGCUAAGCGGGUAAAAUCGAAGAAAGGUUUUUCUGUAAUCAUGUUGUUACAGUGCAAAUCUGUGCAGUUGUUAUCCAUUUUAUUCGUCAACUUGGGGACAGUUCAUCAAUCGAGAGUUAUUUUCCAGAGUCGGUGAAAAUGUGUGACGAAGUGACCAGCGUUGCACCUCAUCGCGGAUUCAACUCCAAGGCUCGCGAAGUGCUCAUCGGUGACGAUGACAUCAACCUUCAUGAAGGCUUUCGAGGUUAAUCAGUUGUUCCUUGUUUGGUUAACAAACUCAGUUUGUUUUGCUAGCCCUUCGAAGCCUGCAAUUGAUUCAAGCAAUGAAAAAAAAAGAAGAAAGAAAUAAAAUUAUGUGCUACAGUUUUAUUCUCAGCUCACUUCAAUUUUUCAGGUUACCACUCCUACAUUUUUCAGAUAAGAAUAUGUCUUUAACUUCUUCACAAUUCUUUGGAGUUCAAUUAAUAAGCUAAAUAUAGAAGCUGUAGUGAUGAGAACCAAAAACCUUGCAAAACAAUUUAGUCAUCUCAUAAAAAAAACAGAAUACUUGGAAAGUUCUCGCUGAACAAAGAAAGAGUCGGUACCUGGCAUUAAUUGAUAUUAAUUGAAGUGUUGUCAACUUCAGUCAAUUACUGACUACUGUGAAUAAUGAAAUACUGUAUUUAAACAAUGAAACAUUCAUAGAAAGUCCAUAAGCGCGUAGGAAGUUCAAAACAAAUAACAAGUUGAAGCAGAGUUCCCUCUUUUUUAAGUUCGAGAUAAUUGGAAGUCACAAGCGAUAUUUACUUGACUUUCGCUCUAAUAGCUGUUCAGUUGGUGUUUUUCGUUUUUUUUUUUCAGUCCAACCUCUUAUUAACAGGUCAAACUUCAUCAUUUUUUGAACGCGUAUAUAUGAAAAAAAGAUGUAGCUCGAUAUCACCACCAGAAGUACAGCCGAGGCAAUGUUUUUAGAUUAUACCUUUCUCAACGCUUGAGUAACUCCGCCCCUUAGCAAUCGUUUGUCGUAGGCUCAUUUUUCUGCCUACCUCUCAUUCCAAGCUUAGGCAUGUCGAACAAGUCGUGCAGUGACUUCGAUCUUCGCAAGAAGCUCAAAGGAGGCCCUUCCGCGAAGAAAGAAAGCACCGAGAGCUCGCCCAAGUCCCAAGGCUCUACAUCGUCGACGCCACUCAAGAAAGGAGGUAACGCGCCCAAAAUUUCUUCACACAAGACAUUUUUUGCUUAUAAGGAGUUCUCGCUUUCGAUGAAAUUGGAGAUCGACCAUCGAUCAAGCGUCACAUGAGACUUGCUGACAUUGGCAAGGCUAGGUCUUGCGCGGAACUAAAGUCGGACAGACGCCUCCUCAAAACUUUCCAAGAGGAAAAUGUCUUGAAAAUGCCUAGGUUUGCGAUUUUCCUGCUACGAACAACUCUUAGUGAACUGUUUGCAGCAUCGAUUCCGAUCUUGGUGCGGCGCCGAUGCCAGCUGAAAUUGACGAACUCUCCUUGGGCCUAGAAACUCUGGGAAAAGUGAAUUUCAGUUGGCUUGAGAAAACUAUGACAAGAACAACAACUUCAUUUUUUAUUUGGAGUCUAAUUUUCUGAUGAUAUUUUAUAAUUAAUUCAUCUCGACGAAAAACCCAAUGCUCACUUUUUGAAUAGCUUAUCUGGGUGUAGGUGGUAAUCAUUUCCGGAGUCUCACGAGAGCUGCCAAAAGGAAAUAACAUCAAUUCAGUCUGCAUGUUUUGAUAUUUUCCAUGAAAUGAGCACAACAAACGAUUGAAAAACGCAAAAACUCUUGUCGAUAGAAAAUGAAUUGGAUUCAGUCGCUGAUCUACGCUGCCAAAAACGAGCCCCCAAACAAGAGCAACGCCAAGGAAAGCAUCGUCAAGAAAUGGCUUUCCAAGUCGUAA